AUGGGGCUGGGCUCCAGCUCCGAGGUCCCCGAUGGGGGCUCCGAGGGCUAUCAUGUGCACUGGGUUCAGGAAAACUCUCCCGCUCAUCAGGCUGGUUUGGAGCCAUUCUUUGAUUUCAUCCUCACAAUAGGACACACUAGGCUGAAUAAAGAAGGUGACACGCUAAAAGAUCUCCUGAAAGCCAACGUUGAGAAGGUUGUGAAGUUGGAGGUCUACAACAUCAAGACCAUGAAAGUGCGCGAGGUGGAGGUGAUCCCCAGCAACAUGUGGGGUGGGCAGGGCCUGCUGGGAGCCAGUGUGAGGUUCUGCAGUUUCCAAGGAGCCAACGAACAUGUGUGGCACGUUCUGGAUGUGGAGCUGGCUUCCCCAGCGGCAUUAGCCGGCCUGCAGCCACACACAGACUACAUUGUUGGAUCAGACCAGAUACUCCAGGAGUCGGAAGAUUUCUUUUCGCUGAUCGAAUCCCACGAGGGGAAGCCCUUGAAGCUGAUGGUUUAUAACACAGAGACGGACUGUUGCCGAGAGGUUUUUGUAACCCCCAACGGAGCCUGGGGUGGAGAAGGAAGUUUAGGGUGUGGCAUCGGAUAUGGCUAUCUGCACAGGAUUCCGACGCAGCCGGCUGUACCAAAGAAGAAAUCUGAAGCUGGGCCCCCUCCUCCUUUGCCAUCUGGAGAUAUUCCUCCUGAGCCACCUACUAACGGCUAUACGGAGACACCACUCCUGGCACCGACCUCCCAAAGUGAAGACCCAGCAAGUCUGUCUUACAGCACAGAUCAAAGCGGGCAGACAUAUCCAGUAGAAAAUUCUCUUCACCCUCCUCCUCCUGUCCAAAGAGUCAUGGACCCAGAUUUUAUAGAUAUGUCUGGAGCUUCCUUUCCUGAAUUAAUUGACUUGGUGAAAACAGUCAACGUGUCUCCCUCUGCUUCUUUCAAUACGUCAGCUGACUCUGCGGCAACAACAGAGGACUUGCUAACAAGCAGUACAGCGGAGUCAUCCCUCAACCAAGCCUCUCUUCUAAUCCCAGAAGAUCCAACCCUUUCUCCAGAGAGCUUGGGUCCUCAGCCAGCGUUGGAUAAACAAAUGCCUUCACUUUCUCCCUUGCCAUCUCUUCCUAUGGAUAUUUCUGUUAAUGCGACAUCCAGGGAGGAUUCUGAUGCUCAAGAAACUGCUCUGCAUUCAGAUGAAACGGAGGGCCCCACAUUGCCACAUGCAGAUGAUGAAAAGGCCGAGGAACUCUAA